AUGGAAGUUGACGAGGGACGUGACUUCACGGAGCUCGUAGAGCUUGCAAACGUUCUUCAAGAUUUUAGGACUGGCGAACUAAAUGAUCCAGGAUCGAGAGAUAUUUUCGAAGUGGUUAAGGAAUUUAGAGCUGUGGCAGGUGGGAAGGCGCUCAACUUUGUUCCGGAUGACGUUGAAAAGCGGAGCGGAGCUUUUGUAAAUUGGGAUUUAGAGGCUAAACUAUGGCAUCUCAUCGAGGUUUUGGUAAACUACAGGACAGCAGAUGUGGACCUAGAAAACGAAAACCCAGCUGCGAAAAUGUACCAUAAAAGAUUUUUGGAAGAUAACCGCUCUCUUUACGAAGUAUGGUUGAUUAUUGUAUGGAUUCAAGCCAAUGCCAGAUUUCCAGAUAAACCGGAUAAUUUGGGGACCACCAAAUGGUCGCACUCGUUUUUGGCUGGGGAUCUCAAAAGCUGUGAUUCAGAUUUCCCUUUGAGAGAUACAAGCUGUGUUUUAGACUCCCGGGAUAAACAAGCAGAUCAUAGCUUUUUCAAGUAUGCAUACGAACUCAUAGUAGCGGGGAAAAUGGAUGAGGCAAGAAAAGAGUGCGAAUAUAGCGACAAUCUUACCCUGGCAUUGAUACUGUGUGGUGUAGAUAACCAUCCGGAAUCUGACGCUGAUAGCCCAAAGACAACGGACCUUUAUCGACAGAGAACAUUAUGGCGAAGGGCUGUUUACUCUUUGUCGACAAACGAAGACUUAGACGUAUAUGAAAGGGCCAUUUAUUCCUAUCUAUGUGGCGAAAUUGGUCAGACCACAGAAAAUAUAAAGAUGGAAUGGGAUACAGAACUUCUGCUGCACUUGAACCACUCAUGGCAAACGGCUCUUGAGGAUCAUUUGAUUAACGAAAAUCUGGUCGACACAGAGGAAAUGAUACUUCCAAUGGAUGGUCAGUACUUAUCUCUACAGUCUACUUUAGACAUUGUAUCGAAGAGGCACCCCCAUGAUAGCGAGCACCCGCUCAGAGUUUUAAUGGGUGCUGUAAUGCUGGAUAAAGUUCCCGCGGUGGUCAAGUCUUCUGUUACAAUGCUAGUAGACGCUAUAAAAGGCUUUGAUCUAGCAAAUGAUAUGGCGGAAGAACCCUACUUACUUCGUGUGGUAACGCAUCUUGCAAUUGUGAUGGACGUAGUUUAUCCAGGCUCAAUUGAAGAACAAGAUAAGUCCAGGUUGAUUACUGCAUACGUGACUAUUCUUUCAUUUUACGAACUCAAUGAUAUCAUACCCAUUUACAUUAGCUUCCUCAAGGAGUCCGAAGCCCUAGACGCCUAUUCGUUCUUCUUGUCCAACCUGACAGAAGCAAGUGCCCGUAAGAAGCAGCUAGAAUUGUGUCGUUUAUUGCAUUUGCCUGUGGCUAAUAUUCUUAGGCGUACAACCCAAAGAGUCUUCGACGAUACGGAGAAUGCCUACGCCCCUGGAGCAAGAGUUGACGUGCACUCGCCUAUUGAUGCAACCGAUAAAAAACUGAUAUCGGCUGCGGAAUGGUUAAUUGAAGGUCACAUUUCAGUGGAUGCCCUCAGUUCACUCGUCGUUUUAUCAAGACGAUUUCUUUUGAACGGUAGAAUCAAUUCGUUGAGGUAUCUGUACGGAAGACAGGAUUUGGACAAUUUGAUAAAAGAUUACGAGAUAGACACGAUAAAGGAGGCAGAUAAUGAAAGAACAAUUGUUAAUGAGAUUGAAAAUUACCGCGCUUUGAUACAAGUUUUCAACAGGUUUGAACAAUGGCAGAAGAUCUCCAACGAAAAGAAAUCGGACACAAACUUGCCAAACCUCUUAACGUCAUUUCGGGACAUUUCUAGUUUUGUUCACAAAGUCAUCAAAACAUUCCUGGUCGAUCUUUCAGAAGCAUCAACCUCUCAGGAUCAAGAAGUGAUCUACGAAAUCAGAGCAUUAUACACCCCUCACCUGGUCAUUGAACUUCACCGUGCUUUUAUUUCCGCCUCAGAGGCGCUUAAGGUCGCCAGUUUCAUCACAGAGGCACUAGCAUUGGCGAAUAUUGUGGCAAACGAGACUGAUCGCAUUUAUCUUCUCUUUCAAUCUUGUGGAAGGUUAGAGGAGUAUUUACAGCUUAUUGCUAGGACAGCAACAAUGAUAAAAGCAUGA